GUAGCGCCGGCUGUCCAUCGCCACGGAGCUCCUAUGUGCUAUAGAAACGCACUCGUAUUAUAUCGUUCGGGGUAAACACGCUUCUUGAUCAGGAGUUCAUAAAUAUAAAAAAAAAAAUCAAAAUAACAGAAAUAAAACAAACGUUCCGAUAAAUGAAAUAAAUCUACGGGUUUCCCAUGUUUUUUAUUAUUUAUUGACAUAACCACGCAUCGCUUCGGCAGCUACAUCGAAUCCUCACGAUGUUAUUUUUCAAAGAAACGUUUUCGCCUCCUAUUGCUCGAAACGCUUUAUUCUCUUUUUACCAUUGAACCCUCGGAUAUAUACAAGAGGCGUUUUCCCCACAAAUAUCGGGAAUCAGUAGUUUCUAACCUCUGGCUCUCCAAGUUGGCACUGCACCAGCAUAACACUUGUCAGAAACGAAACGAAAAAAACCAAUAGAACCACCGCUUAUUGGAAAAGGGGGUAACAUAAGAUAAAAUCAAGCAUACUUGUAUCCGUGUACCUAUGGAAAAGUGGGAGAAAUGUCGAGGUCGCCUUAUCGUCCCUUCACCACUAAGAAUAUUUGCUCGUAUCCGAGGUGCCCGAUGAAACCAAUAAAACGUUUUUAAACACUAUCAACAUUCGAAAGCGUCGGGAGAUGACUGAGAAAUGAUGGUCAAUGCGAUUACCAUUGGAAUUGACAAUCCGAAAAAAAACCUCAGCGCCAAAGCAGAGGCUGAGCCUCGAUGAUGGGAACUCACGACGGGAGUGUUAAUGAAAUAAAUCGUUGUUCGAAGCAGUGCAAUGUCUCACGAGACUACGAAAAAACCGUGUGAACCGCUCAUUUUCUCCGAAUCACUAAUUUGCGGAUCGAAUCCGCUUGAAGCAAUAAAAAAUAGAUUAAUCGUUUAAAAUGUAAAAUAAAUGUCAUCGGAGUUUUCGAAAGAGCGUUCGCCACUGGCUCAUUCCGCAGCAGGCAUGCCCGCCUUCUAGACACGGGUAUUUGAAAGAAAGUCGAUUGAAUCGUUUGCUGGUGAGCCGAUGAGUGCACCGGUCGCGAUACCUGUCAACGUAGCGUAUCUAACGCUCGAUUCGGAAAGCAUACAAGCUCGUUGAGUCGAUCGAGCGGAUGGAGAGCGAGAGAGAGGGACUUCUAAUGAUUGUAACGAAGAAGAGAUUGGCAGAUCGGGAUUGGCCUGCAAAACGGUAGCCGACGACGCCGUAUUACGGGGCGAAAGAAGUUUAUUGAGAAAAUAUGAAAAUAAAUAACACGACAAACAAUGAAGCAAUAACAGAGGCGUAACAAAAAUGUAUGAUUAAUCUUACGAAAUGGUUAAGCAUUUUGCAAUAUGACGCAACACACAGAUUUGCACCUCGUUGAAUAACUCGUCGCGAAACGAAGGAACACACAACGCAAGAUGGCACCUGUCGAUCGAAAUAUUGACAAAAACACGAGAACAUGGUAACGAGGCUCGUCGAGUAGAAAAAGACGCGAGAAAAAAGGGCACUCGAAGACACCACAAAAUGGCCACUCCCCCAGACUCACCCGGCCCCGAAGAUGCCCUCUUCGACUUCGAGAGCACCCACACCAGGCACCAAAUGACCAGGCCAGUUGCCAUCGAAGAACUUUUGCGUCAAACGAAAUUUUCGAGACAAGAAAUUCGCGUCAUGUAUCGCGGCUUCAAGCAGGAGUGUCCGGAGGGUGUCGUGCACGAAGACAGCUUCAAGGAUAUCUACGCGAAAUUCUUCCCACAUGGAAACUCAAGCUACUACGCCCAUCACGUGUUCAAGGCUUUCGAUGUUAACUGCAAGGGAGCUAUCAGCUUUAGGGAUCUUCUCGUGACCUUGUCGACGUUGCUGAGGGGUAGCAUUUACGAAAAGUUACGAUGGACCUUUAAACUUUACGACAUCAACGGCGACGGGUGCAUAUCGAGGGGCGAACUCGGCGAAGUCGUCACGGCGGUACACGAACUCAUGGGACGCAAACAUCUGUUCGAGGAGGAAAGAAAAGCCCGAGAACAACUGGACAGAGUUUUCGAAAAACUCGAUCUCAAUCACGAUGGCGUCAUCACCAUAGAAGAAUUCAUUGAAAGUUGCCUUAAAGAUGAAGUUAUCACACGAUCGUUAAUGAUGUUCGACUGCGAGCUCUGAUCUCUGACAAAUGGAAUGGCAUCGUGGAUCGUUCGGAGGAGGAUACCGGAAAGCAUCGAUGACGGACACAUUCGUCGCGGUGCUCCGGACCGGGCACUACUUUAUCGCAUUCACUUGAAAAAUCAUCACCACCAAAGCGACACCCUGUAACUUGCUUCUGCCUGUCUAAUCCGGACCACCUCAGCCUUCUCAAAAUCGGGAUAUAUUUUUAUUCUUCGGUAUUUAUUGGUGGGACCAGUCGAUAAAUUUGCUUUUGGUGAAGUUCGUGUAGGAUCGUUGAAAAGUAAAAAAGGAACCUGCCACUGUGUUUUCUCGGUUGUUGCUGAACUAGUAAUCAAUGAAUCUUUGAGUAGGAAGAAAAUUACUCGUAAAGCGGUAUAUCGCGAUAUCGAAGAUGAUGGAAAGCAAAGGAACGAAGAUAUUAAUACUAGGAAGAAAUGAAAUGCCGCUGUUGUUUCCGUUAUCGAUACUUACUGCCUUCUCGAGAGAAGUUUACCACUUGCCAUGAAUCCCUGAGAAAAAUUCUAUGAAUUGAAGGAACAAAAGCAACAGAAAAACGUAACGAUACGUCGACGGCAAAAGCACACGGACGUUCGUCUCAAAUUCGAUAAUCAUCUGCCAUUAGUUACGUAGGAACUUGACAACUUCGAUCAU